AUGGCUCCCGCUGCUGCUACCAGGUCCAAAAAAGCGGCCAAACGAGUCACCCCCGCCUCCAAGGUCACCAAAAAGACCUCGAACGCGGCCAACAAGGCCCCCAAGGCCAAAACACCUCCCCCCCGCGAGGAGAUCCUCGUACACAAAACGUCACCGAGUACCAUUAGCCCGGACGAGAUCGAUGAAACGCCCCCGCCUGCUGUCAAAGUAGAUCUUCAAGAAUUGAUAGCCCAGCUAUCCAAGGUCCAAGAGGAGCGAAACCAUCGCCAUCGUCACGACGGCCGGGUUCAUAAGUCACGCCGCCACCACCAUCGCCACCGCCACAGCCGCAGUCAUCGUCAUCGUCACUCGGACACAUCGGAUUCGGACUCAUCCGACUCUGAGUCGGACUGGGAGGAAAGAAGAGGGGUCCCUUUUCGUCACUCGGAAGGUAAGAAGCCCUUUCUUAGUAUUGCUGAAAGGUUCCGAAGUGUGGACGUCAAGUACUUCAAGCAAAUCUUCUUCGGGACCUUCAAGACCAAAAACUUCGCCAAACUGGCCCACAUGCAUACUACCCCGGCCAAGGAGGAUAAGGACGUCAAUGGCCAUAACCACAUGAUGCACUGCUUCCAUGUGUACUCGGUAGCCGCUGGCCGCUUUGCGCACGUGAGCGUGAAGGAAGACUUGAAUGAGGCCCUUCAUUCGUAUGCUAUUCGCCUACUACGGCUGCCCAUCACCUACAGAUUUGACUCCAUCCUCGCUUACCACCUCGCCUUUGUUACUGCACGCAUUCAGGGUGGCCAAGACGACCCUAAGGCCUGGGAAGCGGACGAUCAGAGCUGCAGGGACCUUCUCGUGCCCAAAUGUGCGAGAAUACGGGGAUCACGAGCAUCCAUCGCUGUUGGUCCGCCGGCGCCAGUGGCACUUGGGCACUUCUUCCAUCCUCCCUACGCGGAUUUUUUUCAUGACCGUGCACAGCUGGCUGGCUGGAUGUCUAUCCGUUGGCGAGAGAGAGCAGGCGCUCUUCUUGUGAUCCGUCACGUGCGGAUCGAUCGAUAUCCUGGACUACUCGAUUUCGCCAAAGGUUAG